AUGACAUAUCAAGAACUCAAUGGCGGCAAAAAGCCGACAUGGAAUAUCACCUUAGAUAUUCUAUCCUGGGUCUUCUGGUCGAACCUCACGGUCUUGUUCAAUAAAUGGAUCUUAGACUCGACGGAAUUCAGAUACCCCAUCCUUCUCACGACAUGGCAUCUUGUAUUCGCUACGGUGGUCACCCAGGUCCUGGCACGGACAACGACCUUACUGGAUAGCCGUAAGAACAUCGAGAUGAAUAGCCGAAUGUAUGCGCGCACGAUGCUUCCCAUUGGUCUGCUAUACAGCGGCAGCCUUGUCUUCGGAAAUAUCGUGUACCUCUACCUCAAUAUUUCGUUUAUUCAAAUGCUGAAGGCUGCCGGGCCAGUCGUCACCCUCCUCGUCAGCUGGUCCUGGGGAGUAGCAACACCUUCAAUGGAGGUACUGAUAAACGUCCUAGUCAUCACAUGCAGUGUGGGCCUUGCCGUAUCAGGCGAAAUCCAAUUUUCGCUGCUCGGCAUCUUUUACCAGAUGGCCAGUCUCUUCUGCGACGCGAACCGGCUCGUAAUGAUGCAAAUCCUGCUCUCUGACGACGGCCAAAAAAUGGACCCGCUCGUCAGCCUCUACUAUGCCGCGCCGGUCUGCGCUAUCAUGAACUCUAUAAUUGCCUGGAAUACGGAGCUCAGAGAUUUCCAGUGGAGCGUAGUCCCUAACACGGGUUAUUUGACGCUGUUGUCCAAUGCUGUGGUCGGAUUCAUGCUGAACGUUUCGAUCUUUGUACUUAUCGGAAAGACGUCGGGACUCACCACGACACUUGUCAGUAUUCCGAAGAACAUUCUGCUUAUUGUUGCCUCGGUUGUGCUUUGGCACACGCAGGUCAGCACUAUUCAGAUCGUGGGUUAUUCGUUGGCUUUGCUUGGCUUAGUGUACUAUUCUCUUGGGUGGAGGACGAUUAAAAGCGGUAUAGAGAAUGUUAGGGCUUGGAGGAAGGACCCUGCGAGGAGUAUAUAUUCGGAUAGAGUCUAA